CUCAAUAUCGCCGGCUGAGCGUCGUGUAGCAUUGAGCAACGCUAGACCACGCGGGGUCGAUGACCUUUGCGAAUCGAUUCGACAUGUUGACGACUUUGAAAGCUGCCACGUUUCCGAAGGCGACCAAGUACAAAGAGAAUUUUUCAAGGCAUAAUGAAAGCGACGCCGGACGAGCGAGCCCGCAUUAGAUAAAAUCGUACGUUCUGAAAUCCGGAUCGCUGCAGCAUUCACUGCGCUUUGGAUGGAGUGAUGAGCUCGGCCCCUACACGGGGCAUAGUGCCCCACCGUCUCAGACGUCACCACCACCAUCACCGUCAUCAUCAGCACCCGCACGACAAGUGCAAGAGACGCGACGACGAGUCCGAGCAGGCGAGUCCCGCCGAGAGCAGCGAGGACGGACCUGCCGCCGCCGAGCGGCCUCUGCCACGGGGCUGCUUGGACGCGGGCAAAGCCGAGUCGGCGGAGAGCCGGCCGAAAGUCAAUCCGAUAUUCCUGUGGGCCGCGCAACGCGAGCAGCGGAUAGUCGAGGUCAGAUGCGAGGACUACGACAAGCGAAAUCGAAUCAAGCUGACGAAAACCGCUCAAGGAUGGCGCUCGAUACCUCGCACGGUCCUCACCACCUACUCCCCGGAAUCCGUGGCCGAGGAGCAGCCCAACGGGCAGGCCGCCUCCCUCGUCGCCUCUCGCAAUGAGGAGAAAGAGAAUUCGUCGAGGAAAGCGCCGACGAUGAGGCACAUCAAGAAGGACCGAAUCGAGAACGCUGCGGCCGUCUACGCUGGCCGGCUUUCCGAGGUCAAGGACGACCACGAGAAAAUCAAGCGGAAGCGCAAAAAGCACGCCGGCUGCACCAAGAAUAAAAGGCGAAAGAGCGACUUGGAGCAAGAGGACGCUAGCGACGAGAUUGCGAUGACGGUAAACUGGAAAAUGAAGAAGCGCAAGAAAUACGACAAAAACAAGAAACGGAAAAAAAUUCGUCUGGAUAAAGAGGCGACUCACGCCGAUCGUAUAAACAAUGCCGACAAGCUGAAAAUCAAAGAGGAGAACCCGACGAUGUCGAAAUCACGUAAUACUCGUGAAACAGCUGAUUCGGGAGAUUCUGCUUUGGCCGUGAAAAGAGAUUCUAAAAGUUGUUUGGAUAGCUCCGAGAAAAGUGUUGCUUCGAUCGACGACGAUGCUAAACGAAGUAAUUUCAAAGUCAUACAGAAAAGUCGACAUUUUCAGCCGAGAGUGGUUCUAGAACAAUUGCAUUUCCCAUUAUUGCCAACGAAAAAAAUGCUUCGCGGCGUCAAAACUGAACUAUUCCAAGUCGAAGCAGAAGAAAGCAAAAACAUUGAUAAAAUCCAGUACAAUGGCGUCGCAAAAAGUAACAGGCAUGCGAGCAAUGAGCCUCCGGUCGUUAUUGACGUCGAUGAAGCUAUUAUAAAUAAUGAGGAUUUACAAGAAAUAUUGAAUAAACUCGACGCAAAUCACAUUCCAAUCGAUAUUGAUAAAACAAAAUUCAAUUUGAUUGAAAAUAAUGAGCUACCUAGAAAUUGUACAAAGCUAGGAGUCUCUAUAGAUGUUAAUAAGAGGAGCGACAAUGUGACUAAAUCAUUCAAAGGAUGUGAUAGUCGACACUCAACUUCAGAGAUACAAAAUACAUUUCAAGAUAAAAGAAAAUCGCGCCCCGGAAGUAGAAGUUUGGAUGAAACCAUUGAAAGAUUAGAAAAAUCAAUAAGUUUCCAGAAGAAAUUUGAUAGCACAUCAGACAUUUCAUCGGUAGAAGUAUCCAAGCUUCAGCCGAAAGUUUAUCAACAAUUCGAGUUCCAAAUAGAUGACAAAUCUGAUGUGCAGAAUGUAACUACUACUGACUGUUCGACGUCUUUAGUGGUGCAAGGGAACGACGAAAAAAAUCACUUUAAAAAAGACAUUAUUGAAAAUUCAAAAAGCUUAGCUAUAUUAAAGAACAAGCCAGAUAUAACUGUGUCGUUGGUGGAUCAGGAAAAAGAUGAAACGUCAGCAAAAAAUACAGUUCCCAUGAGUACUUUACCAGACUCACAAACUGAACUAAUUGACAAUGAAGAAUCUCACCAUGGUAAUUUAAGUUGUAAUGUAGCCGAAAUCAUAUCUCCUGAUUCGAAAAGCCGCGUAGAUUCUCCGGAAAGUACAGUGAACUUCUCAAAACAUGAAGAUUUGUACGAUUCACGAUCUAGUGAGACAACUGAAGUUGAAUAUUACAAAGCUCGAAUCAAAAAACAUGACAAAUCCCACAGUGACAACGAAAAUUAUAACAACAAUAACGAUAACAUCAAUAAAAACUUUAUUCUCAGGGAGAACGACCGUGUGACUUACAUAAACGAAGUUAGCAAAGAAAGUGUGGUUGACUCUACCAAAAUUGCAAUAAAAAAAUCACCGUUAAAUCAAAACAAAUGCAGUGAAGCUCAAGCUAAGUUGUCAGUUCAGCCAAAAUAUCAAACAUAUGAUAAAUCUGAUAAACAAAUGGUGAGUGAGUUUUGUUGUCAAGUAUCACCGCAGCCUAGUGGUUUACCUUCGUCCAUGUCACCUCAUAGAAGAUCUUCAUCGGUUUACUUGGAACGAUUAUUGCCAAGCCCUCCCUGUUCAGUUAGUUGUUCCGAUGACGCUAAGAAUGAUUUGACUCUUACGAGUAUCUUGUCUAUUUCAAAUGACAAUCUAAAGAGUGCAGGGGCUAAAGAAAUAGACAGAGAGCUUGGUCUUGCCAACGAUUCAGAAAUGAAUUCUGCUUAUGAGGUAUCGAUAAAAGUUGAGAAAGAUGUCAAGCCAGGACAGGAGAAGCCAAUUUUACAAGAACACAGGCCAAAAUUAACAAGCAGCAAACAAGAAAAUCGAAUAUUCUAUGAAGAGCCAGGAGAAUUCGUCUCUGUUGCAUCCGAUUGUGUUUUUUCCAAGCGUCCUCAAUCCGCAGAUCCGGGCAUCGCUCGUAAAAGAACACGAAAUAACAAUAAUAAUUUCUCUACGAAGCCAUAUAUAGACGAUACAGACUAUAUUGAGAAAUCCAAAAUCAAAGAACUGGAAAUCAAUCCCGUGGUAUUCUUAAAUCCUGCGAAUCAAUUACGUGAACUGUUGAGGACUUCUGGGCAUUUGAUCCCAGAUCCAUUAUUAGUUCCAAGGGAUUAUCUACCUUUGAUAGCAAGUACGCCUCUUACGGAAAUACCAAAUUUACUAGCCACGAGGCCAGAAUUGCGAUUACCAGAAGCGCUAACAAGGCCGGAAUUAUUAACAGACCCGGAUCUCUUGGUUAUUUCUCUAGCACAUCUUCAGCAUGUGCUUGAUCAUGGAGAAGCUUCUUUCAGAAAGCCUUACCAAACUCAUCAACCGAUAUUAAGUUCGACGGAUGAAAGUAAGGAUGAUGUUGUGAAAGACCAGAGUACUGCUGAGAAAUACCGACCAAAACUGAGUGUCAAACCUAUUGGAAAGCUGAUGCCCGCUCCAAUGGAUCUUUCCAAUAAUCAAAAACCGGGCCCAAAGCCACCACUUUUGAGGGUACGAAGUGGACUUCUUAAGCAAGAGUCGGAAGUCUCAUCAACGGCUAGCUCUCCAGAUGAUUUACAACUUUGGCAUCCAUUAUUUGGAAGUCAAAAACAACGACAGCAGCAGCAGCAGCAGCACCAGCAGCAGCACCAGCAGCAGCAGCAGCAGCGACAGCAGCAAUCUCCGGAGCAAAAGCCGCAUCAAGCUUCUUGGCACAGAACGACGUUAACUUCCUGACCAGCACGGUCUCGACUCAGGUCCUGACAGCGGUUCUCCUAUUCCCAGGUCACCAACGAAAGCAGCCUUAGAGUAGCAUUGGUGCAGCUUCAAAAAAUAAGCAAAGUUGCUCACGUUGAGAAAGCUCGUAUUUUCGGUUCUUCGACAGACACGGCAUUAACCACACUGCGUCGGAGCCAGCGAAAAGUUUCUCGCACGGUGAAUAGUUCCAGGGUAAAGUUCAACGAGUCUAAGAGAUGAAGAGAAAAUAGCCGAUCGAUUUGCAGUACUUGCAGCUUGCGCACUCUAAAGCGCCAACGAUUUUAUUAACGUCAGUGACGCUCUUACACUGUGCGUUACUCAUUUUUUCAUUGUUUUUCGGAUUAUCAUUGACCUCCGGAUAGCUUGCUGCCAGCCAAUUGCAGUGGCCAUUCGCAUUGCAGUUGAUUUUUCCAAAUUUAUGUGCCUGCAAUUUAUUUGCGCGUAUUCUAUUGGGUACUGCUUGCCACCGUAAACAUCACAGCAAGAAGGGAAUUAAUUUCCAAAAAUUGCUAGCUUACCGUACAAACAUUUAUUACGUUUUUUCCAUCAGAUCGUUCAUCUACGUCAACACCGUCAGCAUAUUAUUAAUGGCUUCGUGAUAUUUACAUUUAUACUAUUUGAAAACGAGGUAGAAAGAAAGAUAAAAGACUGUUCAAAGCGUAUUAAAGUAGGCACGUAAGAUUUUCGAUCGAUGUUAUGCGCUUCUCACUAGAAUUUAAGUGAUUUGUAAAUUUUAUGUUAAUUACAUAAGUAAAUGUGAAUAAUUAUCAGAUAUGUAUAAUUACGAUUUUUAAGAGAAACUAACAUUUUUAUCAACUAGAAGAUAUAUCGAGAUGAACAUGAAGAUUUUUUUUAAUUAGCCUACAGAAAAAAUGCCGAUGAUUGGACUUUAUUUAAAUGUAUUUUAAUAGUUUUGUUGAAAGUUCGAACGCAAUCAAUAGGAUAAGUUCUGAUUUGUAUAAUUUCACGAUAGUAUUUAACAAUAGAAAAACAUGUAUGUAAAUAUUUAUUCAGUAUUCCAAUGCCAAUAGUAAUUGUUCUACAAUUACGUUAUAAUCGAGGGGAGAUAAGUCAUCGAGUUCCAUAUGGCAAUGAAAUGGGCACACUCUUAAUAGAGAAAAGAGAAAGGAUUUACAUUGCAAGAAGGAAAAGCAGCGUCGCGUAUUGUCAGUUUCCAUCGGAACGAGCGCGACUGCUUCGGAAUGAAAUGAUAUAUUGUGAACAUGCCUGAGCUACUUUUAUUUCCAUGUCUUUGUCUGUCAAGACUUUUGUGCGAUCGUUUGCAUACAAUGAUGGCUACGAACGAGCGCCAGUAGAUAAGGCGUUAACCAAAUAUGCGUUCUCGUUCCUUGCGCACUGUUUGCUUCACUGCGAUACGUUGCAAUUCACUGCAUGUAUAGCUCACUACAUGUCCAACUAUUGUUAUUAUUUUUGGUAGAAAAAUAUUCAAGAUGUGUGUGACAUUGGGUCAAUGAGUCAACAAACUGUUGAAGGCAUUUGUUCAGAUGUACCUACAUCUUACGUAGUUCAUAGUUGUAAAAUCAAAUAUUACUUGAAACGGAGCGAGAUAGGAAUAUUAUCGAAUAAGACAUUCUUAAGGACGUAGGUGCUAUUAAUUGUACAAUUAAAGCUGAGUUGAUUCAUUGAAAACCGGACAAAUUCGAGUAAACAUUUCGAUCAGGAUUCACGUCUAACGUAAUUGAGACAAAUCAAAAAUAGACAUCUCGUAAGAUUUUCUUUAGAGUUCGUAGCAGCAAUUAGAUGAGAUAUAUUCCAUUUUUUCAAUGCUAAUAAAUUAUUUAGUUGUUUACUUCUAAGUGGACUUUCGAAAAAUAAAUUGACCAAGUAUGGUGAUCAACGCAAAGAGAAAUAUAUACUAAAAUCGAAAACAAUAGAAAACUAAAUAUAAACUCAAUUGGUUAUUUUUAUUUUUGAUCGUUACACGGUUUAAGUAUUUCGCGUUUAGAUCGGUGCAUUAUGAAUAACUUUUGUUUUACAUCGACGCUCUCGUGUUAAUAGUUGUUUUGAAAUAUACUAAUGCUCAAUAAAAUUACGACUCAUAAAUGUAAUACUGUCUAUUUCUUUAUACUUAUUAUGUUUUUUGCGGCUAACCAAUGUGACGUCAGCGCUCACAAAUAACCUAAUCAUUAAGUAUAUCAUGAAUGCAUUACCAAAUGUGAACUAAUAUAGUAGUAUGUCUGUGUGACGAAUAUCGCAAAUAUGUACAGAGUCAUGUGUAACUAAUUCUAGCUGGAAAUGUUUUUCAAUCUAGUUAAUGUGUAACUAUACUUCGUAAGGAUUGAGAAUGAACGUUAUAACAGUGGUGCGAUUUUAACACGAAAGAAAUAAAAUAAGUAUGCAUGUAGUGUGCAAUGGAGAGAUAAGAAAAUUAGGUAUACUUAAUUAGGUAUAUUAACUUACAAUGAAAAAGGCUUUUUACAAGAGAACUCGGAAUAUGACCAAAUGAGAACAAAUGUGAGCGAGAUAAAAAUAAAAAAAGGACAUCUGUCAAUAAUGAUGUUUUUCUAGGCAGAAUUAGUCACUCGUAUACAGAAUACAGCAUAAAAAAGUUGUGGAAUCUAAUCAAUACAAUUACAAACCGCAUGAUGCAAAUUCUAUUGCAUGUGGUAAAUAGUACGGCAAAAUAAUUUUUCUACGGUAAUUGAUGAAACAUUAACUAUUUAUUUUUCAAAUCUGUGCUGUAUACGUACAAGUAAUAAUUUAUAUUUUUCUACAGUGAUGGUCAAUACUUUAUUACUUUAGUUCCGUUUCUCUAAUGAUUUUCAUCGAUACAAAUUUUAAUUAGGACUUUGAACAUUUUCUUCAAGAGAAUUAUUUUAAAUAAAUAUAAUGAGGUAUCAUUCAUGAAUUUCGAUUUGAUUCCCAUUAUUAACGCAAUUUCAAGAUGGAGCAAGAAGAAGAAUUAUUUCGAAUGUUUUUAUUUUAUUCAAUCCGAUAAUGAAUUAUGCAAUUACGAUUACUUCACCGUUACAAUGUGCAUUUCUUAAAAGAAAUAUAUUAACAGUGAGUAUAACUGUUCAUAUUCUGAAAUACACGUAAUCAAAAAAAUGUAGUUAUGAAAUUCUUCAAAAUCAACGUUAUCAAUGCACUAUUGAUAAAAAGUGUAGAAAACGUCGAAGUAAAUAUGAAAUGUUAACAUUUCAAUUCCAUUUAUAUUGUUGCGCUCAUGUGUAUACUGAAAGUACACGCAAAUCCGUAAUAAUAUAAAAAAUAUCAAAAAUAUACUGAACUAGCAUAUUAAAAAUAUACUUAUAUGUAUUAGUCAUCAUAGAUAUAAAUAUAUGAUUUCUAUUUAUACCAUUUCAUUACGUUUGUACAAGAAAAUUUUCAGCAGCAAAAUUUUCAUUGUAAGGAAAUUCAAUCAUUAUUUUCUUUUACAGUUUUUAGCUUUUGAAUUAUUAAAAGUUAUCAAAUUAACUUGUUUCCUCAUUGUAUGAAAAAUUGAUUAAAUAUGGAAAUAUUGUGUGCAAUACAAAUAAUAUACAGACUUUGAGUAAGAUGGUGAAAAGUAAGAAAGUUUGGAUCAAACUUGACUGUUUAGUCUUUAGAUUCUAUUAGGUUACGAAAAUGAAAUAUUUUAUUGGUAUAUUAACAUUGAUUAUAAGAAAUGACAUGAUAUGUAAAUACAUGAAAUAAAUAUAAAUAAAUAAAUUAAACUUUACCAGUUUACUAUGUAUUGCAAAAUUAUAUGUUUAUCAUCAAUCAAUUUACGUAUAUAUGUUGCCAUUGUAAUCAAUAAUCGUCUUUUACUUUGCAAAACGAUAAGCAAAAUAUGCGUGUAUUUUUAUAUUUUAUACUUACAAUUAGUUGGUGGGAUUGGCGAUCACGCGCGCAAAUAUUGCGGCGUAAAUAGGCCAAAACACAUUGCAAGCUUAUAGUAUGAUGACGUGUUUCUUCAAAUUCGUCGUUCUGAAAUUAAGAAAA